AUGUGGACUAUUCAUGCGGAUUUUAAAACUUGUGUGGAAGACGUUUGGAAGAAGCCUACUCAGGCAAUGAGUCUUUUAUGUUUAGCGAAAAAGCUAAAGAAAACAAAGAUAGCGUUCCGAGCUUGGAAUCAACAAGUCUUUGGGCAUGUUGGGCAGAAUAUUAAAGAGUUAGAAGAGAGAUUGGAGGUUUUAGAGAGUCGUCUUCAAGGUGGCCACGAUCAUGAAGUCGAAUUUGAUUUUUUGGUUACUAAACUUGAAUUAGAUAUCUGGGAACAAAUGGAAGAGACCAGACUUGCUCAAUUGGCUAAAAAGAAGUGGCUUACAGAAGUGGAUCAGAAUACAAAAUUUUUCCAUGCAGUGGUUAACCAACGAAGGAAAAAUAAGAUCAUUUUUUACAUGCAAUUUGAGAAUGGUACCAUUUUGGAGUCGCCAGAACAGGUUCAUAAUGGGGCUUUAAAUUAUUCCCAGCAAUUUCUUUCUACUCAUUCUAAUGUUGAACAGGUGGAUCUUUCUUCACUUAUUCAGUGUUCGAUCUCAGAGGAUAACAAUGUGGCUCUUAGUAGGGCUCCGUCUGAGGUUGAGAUUUAUGAUGCGCUAAAGUCUAUCCCAAAAGAGAGUUCGCCAGGAUCUGAUGGUUUUGGCUCGGGUUUCUCUCUGAGUUGUUGGCCGUCUGAGGCUGAGAUUUAUGAUGCGUUGAAGUCUAUCCCGAAAGAGAGUUCGCCGGGACCUGAUGGUUUUGGCUCGGGUUUCUAUCUGAGUUGUUGGGAUUUAAUAAAAUACGAUGUUCUCGACGCAGCUAAGGAUUUCUUUUCAGGUUCUACACUGCCUAGAUUUUACAUGGCUUUUUUUUGGGUGUUGAUCCCGAAGGUAGAAGAUCCCAAGAGUUUUGACAAGUUCCAUCCUAUAAGCCUUUGCUGA